AUGGAUGAUUCGCCACGUGGCGGAAUCCUUGGAAGAGCACUCAAAAGAUCAAAAGAAAAAGAUAUUAGGAAACAUUUGGAAAACAAAAAAAUAGAAGAAGAUGUUGAUUUGGAACCAAUUCUACUGAAAAGAUAUUCGGAUGGAAGUUCAAAACAACAGGUAUUUAUUUAAAUAUAUUAGAGAACAUCAAAUAGAAUUAAUCUAGUUUAAAUUCUUUUUCUUUUUCUUCGUUUUUAUUUCUCGUUCGCCCCCAACUCAAAUAAUUAUCCUUUUUUGGUCUAUAUAUUGCUACUAUAUACAUUCCAACAACUGAAAAAAAACGCAAAAAAAGAAAAGAAAAAGAUUUCCGGAAACUCAAAAAAUUGUGGUUGUGGAAAAGACAUAAAACAUGAAUAUAACGUGGUAUGCUUCAGAUGAUCUGCUCACAACCGGGGCCAUCAAGAGAAGGUUCAACACCAACAACGACAAUCGAAGAAAAAGAACAAAUAUUUAUUAAAAAACGAGGGUCAAAUGGAAGUGGUGGUGAAAUUAGAAGAUUAAGAAGUGGAAGUGGUGGAAAUGGAAAUAAUGGAUUAUUAGCAAAAGGAUUGAGACAAAUGAAUCAAAUUGUUAAAGAAUUAGAACAUUCCAGGUUCGAUUAAUUUUUCAUUUUUUAAUUUCUGAAAAGCAAAAAUCAUUAUUUUUCCAAAACAAAAUCUCGAAAGAAAUUAAUUUUCAAAUUGGAUUACUGUACUAUGCAUAUUAAUAUUCUGUAGUUUAUGUUUUCGAGCAUAGGAAACAUGUGAAAUUUUCUAUAACAUUUUGUUUGAAUCUGCAAUUUGAUUUUUGAACAUAUCAAAAACUACAAGAUACUUUUCAAAUCUCAGUCAUCAAAAUUUCUUGUCUCCCACAUCAAAAUGUCAUUUUUGCUCACUAAAGUCAAAAUUGGCCUCAUAUGCUUUUUCCGGUUUAUACAAAAAGUGCAUGAGACAAUAAUUGCGGACCAGAAAUAACAUAUCAAUUAAAUAGGUUGAGGUAUUUCGAAGGAAAAAAUGAGGUCGUGGUGGUUAAUUCCACAAAUUUGGGAAAAGAUACAACUUUAAUUUGAGAGAUCAUUUUUUUCAGCGAAGAGUCUUCUAAUCGACAAGGAAUUCUUGGAACUGCACUCGAAGAAAUCAAACAUGUCAGUUAUAGUCAUAUUUAUCGACGGAAAACUUCUUCAGCUCCUAAAGUAAUAUUAUUUUUAAUUUUUUUAAAUUUCAACUUUAUUUUUAUUUCAGCGUUCUCGUUCUGUGGAUGACAAAGAUGAUCCGGAUCGAGUUGGAAUGAUUGAACAACUUUUGAAACAUCAAGAUCCUCUUGAACUCAAACAACUUGGUCUUACUGUAAGUUUGAACCGACAUCUUUUUAAUAAUUUAGACUAAAGUUCAAAAACUACCGUAACCCAUACUUUGGAAGACAUAAAAAUAAAACUGGAAAUUUAAUUGAAACGUUGAAUGAAUGAAAUGCAAAUUAUGGGCCGAAUGUUGGUUUUAUUUUUAUUGAGGAGGGUAAACGAGAAAAAGUGCAAAAAAACAGAAAAGGGAAUUUUAAUUCGAAAAAAACUGGGAUUAAAUUCUAACUAAAACAUUUUUUUUUGAAUUCUAGGAUGGUAGGUCCAAAUAAAAUAUUUUUAACUAAAAAUUUGUUUUUUUUCAGGAUCUUCUAAGAGCUGAAGAACGUGCCGAAUCUAUAACACCUGCACCAACUCCACACCCACCACAUAAUAUUUCAUCGUCUUCUCAAAUUACAAUAGGAAAAAAUUCAACAGUUAUAAUUGUACCAAAACAAAGAUCUCGUGAUAGUAUUACAACACCGCCUGAUGUUCGAGGAAUAACAAAUAAUAUUGGAAAAGGAGGAACAACACAUAUUGAGAUUGGACCAAUUGGAACAAAUGAAGAAAUGACAUCGGAUGAUUUAGCAUUGGCUGAUCCACAAACUAAGGUUUGCCCUUUUAUUUUUUAUUUUUGUUGGAAACAUUUAUUUAUUAAUUAUAGAUUUUGUAUUUUGCAAAAAGAGAUGAAUGGAAUCAAGUUGAAAUCGAAACAGAAAAAUUGAAAAGAAGUGAUUUUAGUAUGGCAGAUGUUCAUGGUUAUACUGCAUUUCUUCUAGCUGUCAAAGCAUCAAAAAUUGAAUUGGUUGAAAAAAUGAUCAAAAAGGGUGCACGAGUUGAUUAUACAACAAAAGAUGGAAGAAAUGCAUGUCAUAUUGCAUCGAUGUAUGCAAAUAUUGAAACUCUUGAAUUAAUUCUUCGAAAACAUUCUGAUCUUUUGAAAAGAGCAGCUGGUCCUAAAAAACAACUUCCAAUUCAUGUUGCAUGUGAAAGAAAAUCGAAAAGAGCAUUUCCAAUUGUUAAACGAAUAUUAGAUGAUGGAGAUCAAAGAAUGAUUGAAGAUGGAGAAGGAAGUUUGCCUAUUCAUUUAGCAUUUAAGGUAUCUUAUUUGAAUCGUUAGAAUCUAAAAUAUUAUUCUGUUAAGUGUACUGUAGACUAGUUAUUUGUUGAUAAAAAUCAUACUUCUUAAUUUUUCAGUUUGGAAAUGUGACAAUUGUCGAAUUAUUACUGUCUUCACCGAAUAAUGAACAAACAACAAAACCGGAUGGAAACGGAGAUACACUUCUACAUUUAGCUGCAAGAUCAGGAUCAUUAGAAGCUGUUCGAAUUGCAAUUGCCGCUGGUUGUGAUAAUUCAAAUGUUCAAAAUAAAGUUGGAAGAACAGCUCUUCAUGAAGUUGCCGAAGUUGGUGAUCAAAAUAUGUUGAAAAUAAUGUUCAAACUACACGCGGAUGCAAAUAUUCACGAUAAAGAUGAUAAAACUGCAGUUCACGUUGCAGCUGAAAGAGGAGAUACUCAAAUGGUCGAAGCAUUGAUUGAUAAAUUUGGUGGAUCAAUAAGAGCUCGAACAAGAGAUGGAUCAACAUUAUUACAUAUUGCUGGUAAGAAAAUAAAAUAAUUUCGCAAAUUUCAAAAGUAUUUGUUUCAGCUUGUUCUGGUCAUACAAGUACAGCAUUGGCAUUUUUAAAAAGAGGUGUACCAUUAUUUAUGCCAAAUAAAAAAGGUGCACUUGGUCUUCAUUCAGCCGCGGCUGCUGGUUUUAAUGAUGUUGUCAAAAUGUUGAUUGCACGUGGAACAAAUGUAGAUGUUCGAACUCGUGAUAAUUACACAGCACUUCACGUUGCUGUACAAUCUGGAAAAGCAUCAGUUGUUGAAACAUUACUUGGAAGUGGCGCAGAUAUUCAUGUAAAAGGAGGUGAACUUGGACAAACUGCUUUACAUAUUGCUGCCUCAUUGAAUGGUCCAGAAAGUAGAGAUUGUGCUAUGAUGUUAUUGAAAUCAGGUGGACAACCAGAUGUUGCACAACAAGAUGGAGAAACUUGUCUUCAUAUUGCUGCUCGAAAUGGAAAUAAAGAAAUUAUGAGGUUAGUUAUUGUAUUACUGUAGCUUUAUGAGCUCGGAUCGUAUCCCCUGAAAAAUAAAAAAUAAUUCUAAAAUUCUAGACUUCUGCUCGAUGAAAAUGCUGAUGCUCAAAUCAGUUCACAAAUCGGAGAAACACCAAUUCAAGUGGCUGCUAAAUCAUGUAAUUUUGAAGCAGCUUCAAUGAUUCUGAAACAUCUUUCUGAAAUUCUUACUCCAGAACAGUUGAAAGAACAUGUUAAUCAUCGAACUAAUGUAAGUGGAACAAUUUAUUUUUUAUUCCAAAAUAUUUUUAGGAUGGUUUUACUGCUCUUCAUUAUGCGGCUGAAAUCGAAUCAAAACAACUACAUUUUCCUGGAGAAGAUGCAAAACUUGUGAAUCUUCUUAUUGAUUACGGUGGCCUUGUUGAAACACCAUCAAUAAAUGCAAAUGAAACAGCAAUGCAUAUUGCAGCAAGAUCUGGAAAUCAAGGUGUUCUUUUAGCAAUGGUGAAUAAAAUUGGAGCUGGCGCAGUUCAAAUUGUUCAAAACAAACAAAGUAAAAAUGGAUGGUCUCCACUUCUCGAAUCUUGUGCGAGAGGACAUUUAGGAGUUGCAAAUAUUUUAUUGAAACACCACGCAAGAAUUGAUGUUUUCGAUGAAAUGGGAAGAACUGCACUGCAUUUAGCCGCUUUUAAUGGACAUUUAUCAAUUGUUCAUUUACUUCUACAACAUAAAGCAUUUGUUAACAGCAAAUCAAAAACUGGAGAAGCUCCUCUUCAUUUAGCAGCUCAAAAUGGACAUGUUAAAGUUGUUAAUGUUUUGGUUCAAGAUCAUGGAGCAAGUUUGGAAGCCAUCACAUUAGAUAAUCAGGUAAUUCACAAAUACUGUAUACAGUAUUUUUGAAAAAUAAAAAUAUUACAGACUGCUUUACAUUUUGCUGCAAAAUUCGGACAACUUGGUGUCAGUCAAACUCUUUUGGCAUUGGGAGCAAAUCCAAAUGCAAGAGAUGAUAAAGGACAAACACCGUUACAUUUGGCAGCUGAAAAUGAUUUUCCAGAUGUUGUCAAACUUUUUCUGAAAAUGAAACAUAAUAAUAAUCGAGGAGUUUUGACAGCAAUUGAUCAUAAUGGUUUUACUUGUGCUCAUAUUGCGGCUAUGAAGGUAUGUGUUUUUAAUCAAAGUUUAAUUCUACAGUAAUCAUAUAAUUCUAGGGUUCACUUGCUGUUGUUCGAGAACUUAUGAUGAUUGAUAAAGCAAUGGUUAUUCAAGCAAAAACAAAAACACUCGAAGCAACAACAUUACAUAUGGCAGCUGCUGGUGGACAUGCAAAUAUUGUUAAAAUUCUUCUGGAAAACGGAGCAAACGCCGAAGACGAAAAUUCACACGGAAUGACAGCUUUACAUCUUGGUGCAAAAAAUGGAUUUAUAUCAAUUUUAGAAGCAUUUGAUCAGAAUCUUUGGAGAAGAUGUUCAAGAAAAGUUGGUUUAAUUUUUUUCGAAUCUUAAAAAUUAAAAAUUUCAGACUGGUUUAAAUGCGUUGCAUAUUGCUGCAUACUACGGUAAUUCAGAUUUUGUAAAUGAAAUGGUGAAACAUGUACCGGCUACAAUAAGAUCAGAACCACCAAUUUAUAAUCAUCAUGUGAACAAAGAAUUCUCAACCGAAUAUGGAUUUACACCAUUACAUUUAGCUGCACAAAGUGGACAUGAUAGUUUAGUAAGAAUGCUAUUAAAUCAAGGAGUUCAAGUUGAUGCAACUAGUACCACAAUGGUAAGUUUUUACUUUUUUUAUAGAUUGUUUUCACAAGAUAAUUAAUUAAAGAAUGUAAUUCCACUUCAUCUUGCUGCUCAACAAGGUCAUAUUGCUGUUGUUGGAAUGCUUUUAUCUCGAUCAACUCAACAACAACAUGCGAAAGAUUGGAGAGGUCGAACUCCACUUCAUUUAGCAGCUCAAAAUGGACAUUAUGAAAUGGUUUCUUUAUUAAUUGCACAAGGUUCAAAUAUUAAUGUUAUGGAUCAAAAUGGUUGGACUGGUUUACAUUUUGCAACUCGUGCUGGACAUUUAAAUGUUGUCAAAUUAUUUAUUGAUAGUUCAGCUGAUCCAUUAGCUGAAACAAAAGAAGGAAAAGUUCCAUUAUGUUUUGCUGCCGCACAUAAUCAUAUUGAAUGUUUGAGAUUUUUAUUGAAACAAAAACAUGAUACACAUCAAUUAAUGGAUGAUAGAAAAUUUAUAUUUGAUUUGAUGGUUUGUGGAAAAACGAAUGAAAAUGAACCACUUGAAGAAUUCAUAUUACAAAGUCCGGCACCAAUUGAAACUGCAGUCAAAUUAUCAGCAUUAUAUCGAGAUAUGUCAGAAAAAGAAAAAGAAAGAGCAAAAGAUUUGAUGAAUGUUGCUGAAUUUAGUGAAAGUAUGGCUGUUGAAUUAUUAGGAAUAACUGCAACUGAAUAUAAUGCUGCAUUAUUAUUAAAAGCAAAAGAUAAUCGAGGAAGACCACUUCUUGAUGUUUUAAUUGAAAAUGAACAAAAAGAAGUUGUAUCUUAUGCUUCGGUACAACGAUAUUUAACUGAAGUUUGGACUGCAAGAGUUGAUUGGUCAUUUGGAAAAUUUGUGGCAUUUUCUUUAUUUGUUUUAAUAUGUCCACCAGCUUGGUUCUACUUUUCAUUACCGUUGGAUAGUCGAAUUGGUAUGUUUUAAUUAUUCUAUGAAAACUUCAAUGAAUAUUUCAGGUCGUGCACCAAUUAUCAAAUUCGUUUGUCAUAUUGUAUCCCAUGUUUAUUUUACAAUUCUUCUAACAGUUGUUGUUUUGAAUAUAACUCACAAAAUGUAUGAAGUAACAUCAGUUGCUCCAAAUCCAGUUGAAUGGCUUCUUCUUCUUUGGUUAUCUGGCAAUCUUGUUUCCGAACUUUCAACUGUUGGCGGUGGAUCUGGACUUGGAAUUGUUAAAGUUUUGAUCCUUGUUUUAUCUGCUGCUGCAAUUGCUGUUCAUGUUUUGGCUUUUCUGUUACCAGCCGUCUUUUUGACACAUUUGGAUAAUGAUGAAAAACUACAUUUUGCGAGGACAAUGUUAUAUCUUAAAAAUCAAUUAUUCGCAUUUGCUCUUCUUUUUGCGUUUGUCGAAUAUCUUGAUUUUUUGACAGUCCAUCAUUUAUUUGGUCCUUGGGCAAUUAUUAUUCGUGAUCUUAUGUAUGAUUUAGCUCGUUUCUUGGUUAUUCUAUUCUUAUUCGUUGCUGGUUUCACACUUCAUGUUACAAGUAUUUUUCAGGUAAGUUAUUAGAAAUAUUUUCAUUCCAAGAGUAUAAUUUCAGCCGGCUUAUCAACCUGUCGAUGAAGACAGUGCUGAAUUAAUGCGUUUGGCUUCGCCUGAACAAACUCUCGAAAUGUUGUUUUUCUCUCUGUUUGGUUUAGUCGAACCAGAUAGUAUGCCACCUCUUCAUCUUGUUCCUGAUUUUGCAAAAAUAAUUCUGAAAGUACUUUUUGGAAUAUACAUGAUGGUUACAUUAAUUGUAAGUGUGACUUUAAUAUUUUUUCUUCUGAAUUCUAAAACAAAUUCGAAAUAUCUAGGUUCUAAUCAAUCUUCUAAUUGCUAUGAUGUCUGAUACAUAUCAACGAAUUCAAGCACAAUCAGAUAAAGAAUGGAAAUUUGGUAGAGCAAUUCUUAUUCGACAAAUGAAUAAAAGAAGUGCAACUCCUUCACCAAUAAAUAUGCUCACUAAAUUUUUGAUUGUUAUUAGAGUUGCUUGGAGAAAUCGAUGUAAGAUUUUCUUUGUUUGAAAAAACUUUAAUUUUAUCUAUUUUUCAGUCCGAUGUAUGACAAGGAAAGCACAAGAAGAUCUUAGAUUUGAAGAAAAUAUAGAUGCAUUUUCAAUGGGUGGUGGACAACAAGGAAGAACAAGUCCAACAAUGAGAGAAGAAGGUGGAGGUUUGUUUUAUUUUAUAUUCAAAAAAUUAUAUAAUUAUGAUAAUUAAUAGGUGGGCAAACAGCUGAACUUGGUCGAUCUGCUGAUUGGAAUAUUGAAACUGUGAUUGAUUGGCGGAAAAUAGUAUCAAUGUAUUAUAAAGCAAAUGGAAAAGAUGGAGAUGGAAUUAAAGAUUCUGAAGAUCAACACGCACAACUUGUUCAAUCAUAA